AUGAAGUUUCUCAGCUCUGCCUCCACGGCCGCACUGGCUUUCCUUCUCUUACUGAUGUCUGUUGCGCUCGGAGAACCACAUUUCCUAUGUAGUUAUAAUGAGAAAAUCAGCUUGGAAGGACUCAAACAUGAUAAAUCGUUUUGUGAUGUGGCAAGGGCGAAGUCUGGCGAUCCUCUCGGUCCCAACGGCGAGUUUUACCGCACACGUCGAUACAACUUGAUACCAAAUUCAGGAUACACCACAGCAUAUAUAGUUCAAUUGAUUGAUGACACUCCAACAUUCCGCGUCUAUGAGAAAAAAGAUAAAGGGUGGGAACUAUGUUUGUUCCGAGAAAAUUAA